AUGACUAACUUAUAUCUUGAUCCUAUUAAAACCACUGGUGUCGAACCUGAUGUUGUUGCAUCUGCUAAAGGUUUUGUCGUUCCACAAGCAGUGGGUAGUGUUAAAUCAUCUGAAAAAUCUGACUCUGGUACUAUAAGUCUAGAUAACUCUAGAUCUGAUAAGACCCUAGGUCAAUCUAGUAUGAAUGUUACUGAUAAAGAUAAUGUUGAUAAGAGUAUUCAUGUGUUAAUAUCAAAAAUCUUGAAUGCUGAACCUAAGUCUGAUGUUGUGUCGGAUGUCACUACAUCCUUGACCCAAACUGAUCAUCCUAUUGAAACCUCACUUGAAAAAUCUGAUGGAAAGUAUGAUAGUGAGUUUGUUCCAAUUAAGUCCCUUGAAAAAUCUGAAGAGAAAGAUGAUUCUGAUAGUAUGUCUGUUGAUAUGUCUGACAAAGAAGAAAAUUUUGGUGUGAAGAAGGAUCAAUCUACAAACAUUGUAAAUGUAGAUGAUCUGGACUCUAAUGAUGAUCCCAUUGGGAAAGUUGUUAAGUCUACAAGUAAGCCUCCCAAGGCUCUCAAGAAAAGUACAAGUGUUGGUCCUGCUAAAGGGUGGAGAAAGGUUGUAACUCCUGCCACCAAGAAAAUAUCUUUGAAGAGGAAGGAAGUUCCCUAUAGUUAUAUUGACUCUGAGUAUGAUGUCGAAAAUAAUGUUCAAGACAUCACGCCUCUAAAGAAAGUUGUUGGGAAAAAGGUCCCUGUUAAUGUGCUUGAAGUUCCCAUUGACAACAUCUCUUUUCACUCUGUUGAGAAUGUUGAAAAAUGGAAGUAUGUGUACCAAAGGAGGUUGGAUUUGGAAAGAGAACUUGGGAAAGACGCCCUUGAAUGUAAGGAGGUAGUAAGUCUUAUUGAGAAUGUUGGGUUGAUGAAAAGUGUGGCUGGUUUUGGCAAGUGUUAUAAGAUACUUUUAAAAGAGUUCAUUGUGAAUAUUUAUAAGGAUUGUGAUAACAAGAGGAGUAAGGAGUUCAGAAAGGUGUAUGUGAGAGGAAAAUGUGUGGAAUUUUCUCCAGAAAUCAUUAACAGGAUAGGAGCUGCCAAUUGGAUUCUUACAAAUCAUACCUCAACCAUAGUUAUAGGUUUGGGUAAAUUCAUUUACACUGUUGAAACCAAAACCAAGUUUGAUUUUGGGUCUUAUGUAUUUGAGCAAACCCUGAAGCAUGCUAGUACUUUUGUUGUGAAAAUGCCUAUUGCUUUUCCCUCUCUAAUUUGUGGAAUAAUUCUGAGUCAGCACCCUGUGAUCUUGAUCAGUUCUAAUGCAACAAGUAAGAGGGAAUUUCCUCUAUUCUUGCAUUAUAGGUUGUUUGCAGGGACACAUGUCCCAGGCGUUGUCAUGACAUAUGGCAAUAAAUCUUCCAGCUUUACUUCUAGGACAAGAAUCAUUGCUGAAUUAAAAGACACAUGCAAAACCUUGGAUGAAACCAUCAAAGCUUAUACUGAAAAGAAGAGCAUGCUUGAGGUCCUGAUAAAUGCUUUGUCUGAAGAAGAUGCUGAGGGAAACAUAGAAGGUGAUAAGGAAGAGUAUAAUGAGGUUGAAGAAGAUGUUGAUGCAAGUGGUGAUGAUGUUGAAGAGACAACCAACAAUAAUGAUGACUGGUGUGAUUUGUUCUCUUUGUGGUUUUUCUUUAUGCUUCUGCUUCAUUUGUGGGCUAUCCCCUAA